AUGGAGCUGACCGUUCUGGAUUACUUAGGUCUGCCUGAAGGCAGCAUCCUGUCGGUACGCUCGGGGCCGACCCGUCGCCAGAGCCCUUUGCCUUGCUCGGCCCCCUUCAGGUUGCCGCCUGGACCCUGGCCUUUACGCAUCGAUGUCCUGGGGCUCCUUGGGAAGUCAUCUUCUCACAUCAAUUUGACUUCGGGAGAGAACGGCCUGUGCCGGCUGCCUCUGGAGGGCAAAGAUGGGCAAUCAAUGAGCGUAACCUUCCAGAUCUGUGCAGAAGGAGGCCCCAGGCCAAAGACCUACCCGGUCUCCGUGGGUCGUUCAAGGGUCGGAACGGGCGGUGAGAUGCCCGCCGUGAAGAAGCGAGAUGCAGAAGCCGAUGCCAGGGCCUACUUGGACACACACCGUCUGCACGAGUUCAUGCAUGGGCUCUUCGAGUUGCUUUUGCGGGAGCGCCCGGAAGAUCCCUACAGCUUUAUGGCCAUGCGCUUUCGUCAGGCUGCCGCAAUGGAAGCCAGGUCGCAGGAGGGCGCGGGAACGCCUGGUGGACUCAAGGUAUCCCGAAGCUCUGUCUCCACAGCGCCCACCAGCGCCACAUCUCUCAGCCUCUCUCCCACACGGGAUUCGGCGUUGGCGACUUCUGCCAGUUUUGGAGAGGUGCCUGAGGGAGCCUUCAAGGUGCUGGUGCGGAGCAUGCGUGGCCGAUCGGUAGCAAAACUCGUGGUGGCUCCUGGGGAGAAGGUUGGGUCCAUCAAGCAGCGCCUGCACACAGCCACUGCCGCCGCCGUCUCCUCGCUACAGCUGCUUUGGCUGGGUGAGCUGCUGCCCAACGACUCCACUUUGGAGGACUGGUAUGUGGAGCCUGGCCUGGUGGUGCUGAACGUUGUCUCCUCGCAAAAGGAGCCAAAGGUGCAGCAUAUGAUCUCUGGGGCCAGCGAAGGCGGGAUGAGGCUUUGGAAUGCGGCUGAUGCUGAGAAGGUGAAAGACAUGGCCUCUGUUGUGUCAUCUGCAAUCCUUGCGGUGUCUGCUAACUGGGACCGAAUGCGCGUGGUUUGCACGACCUCUGACGGUCGCAUGCAGCUCUGGGAUCUGAGUGAUGGCAGCUGCCUCAACAGCGUCGUGGCACACCAGGAUGAGGCCGGCUGCUUGGCAGUGGACUGGGCUGUGGAGCAGGCGUUGACGGGAUGCAUUGCAGGGGCAGCCAAGCUUUGGUGCCUCAAGACCUUCCGCUGCCUGAAAGUCUUGCCAUCAGAAAGCGCAGUUGACUCAUUCUCAGUUGAUUGGCGUGCACGCAGGGCCUGUGGGGGCCUGCGGAGCGGCUGUGUGCGGCUAUGGGACUUGGACUCAGCAGAGGUGCUGGGUGACUUCGUGCGCGGUGCUGAGGCAGCCAAGGAGUCGGGAACAGCUGUCAGCGGUACAGCAGUGGACUGCGCCGGUCGCCGUGCCUUAAGCGGCUUCGAGGAUGGGCAUUUAGCGUACUGGCACUUCGAUGCAGGUGGCUCGGAAGCGGACUCUCGCAAGCUAGCUGCAGCGCCGAAGAUCUUUCUGGCACAUUAUAGCGCCUUAAGGAGCCUUGCGGUGCAGUGGGUUGCAAAUGGCGACAGCCGAGCCCUGGUUGGCUCAGAUGAUGGGAGCCUCUCGCUCUGGCGCAUUGACACCUCGGAGUGCCUGGCAAGGUUUGCUCGGCACAUUGGCUUCGUGUGGGCUCUUCACGCCGACUGGGCCAGGGAGCGCGCGGUAUCAGGGGCAUUCGAUGGCUGCCUCAAGCUCUGGGAUCUCCGAACAGGCGAAUGCCUGCGCACGAUUCAAGCUCACUCGCGGCCUGUCAGGAGUGUCUGCUGUGGGUGA